GAUGUUUGCCUUUGCUUCAGAACAAGAAGUACGAGCCGGAGCGCGGUGCCGCGCUGCCUGCGGGAGCGACAGCCCUGCGGGGACCCGCUGCGGGUGUGACAGCUCGCCCCGGGGCCGGGGAGCUGCGUGGCGGGUCUAGGCUGAGGAGUCAGAGCCAGGCAGGGGGCUUUCGGACUUGCAACACCGACGUGGACCCUUGAGGAAAACGGGUGUGUAAAAUACUGCUGACUUGACCGCUUGCCCGUUGGCACGAGGAUAGUUUUCCUAAAGUGCAGUACCACCCAAAAAGAAUGUCUGGGAAUACCAAGAUAAAGAGGAAGUUGUUUUAUGGAUGAAUACAGUAGGACCCUACCACAAUCGCCAAGAAACGUACAAAUACUUCUCUCUUCCUUUCUGUGUGGGAUCAAAAAAAAGCAUCAGCCAUUACCAUGAAACCCUAGGAGAAGCACUUCAAGGAGUUGAAUUGGAAUUUAGUGGUCUUGACAUCAAAUUUAAAGAUGAUGUAAUGCAGACUACUUAUUGUGAAAUUGACUUGGAUAAAGGCAGAAGAGACGCGUUUGUGUAUGCUAUCAAAAAUCACUAUUGGUACCAGAUGUAUAUUGAUGACUUGCCGAUAUGGGGUAUUGUCGGAGAAGCAGACGAAAAUGGAGAAGAUUAUUACCUUUGGACUUACAAAAAACUUGAAAUCGGUUACAAUGGAAAUAGAAUUGUAGAUGUCAAUCUGACCAGUGAAGGAAAGGUGAAAUUGGUACCAAACACAAAAAUCCAGAUGUCAUAUUCAGUGAAAUGGAAGAAAUCAGAUGUGAAGUUUGAAGACCGAUUUGACAAGUAUCUUGACCCAUCUUUCUUUCAGCAUAGAAUUCACUGGUUUUCAAUUUUCAAUUCUUUUAUGAUGGUGAUCUUUCUGGUUGGCCUAGUAUCUAUGAUAUUAAUGAGAACUUUGCGAAAAGAUUAUGCAAGAUACAGCAAGGAGGAAGAAAUGGAUGAUAUGGACAGAGAUCUAGGUGAUGAGUAUGGGUGGAAACAGGUCCACGGAGACGUUUUUAGACCAUCCAGUCAUCCUCUAAUAUUUUCAUCGCUUAUUGGUUCUGGCUGCCAAAUUUUUGCUGUGUCUCUUAUAGUCAUUGUUGUUGCAAUGAUAGAAGAUUUAUACACAGAGAGAGGAUCAAUGCUUAGUACCGCUAUAUUUGUUUAUGCUGCAACAUCGCCAGUAAAUGGAUAUUUUGGAGGAAGCCUUUAUGCUAGACAAGGAGGAAGGCGAUGGAUAAAGCAGAUGUUCAUUGGAGCCUUCCUUAUUCCAGCAAUGGUGUGUGGAACUGCCUUCUUCAUUAACUUCAUUGCCAUCUAUUAUCAUGCUUCAAGAGCUAUACCCUUUGGAACCAUGGUGGCAGUGUGCUGCAUUUGUUUCUUUGUCAUUCUUCCAUUGAACCUCGUUGGCACAAUUCUUGGCCGAAAUCUGUCAGGACAGCCUAAUUUUCCAUGUCGUGUCAAUGCAGUGCCUCGUCCCAUACCAGAGAAAAAAUGGUUCAUGGAACCAGCUGUUAUUGUUUGCCUAGGUGGAAUCCUCCCUUUUGGAUCAAUUUUUAUUGAAAUGUAUUUCAUUUUUACUUCAUUCUGGGCUUACAAGAUCUACUAUGUUUAUGGCUUUAUGAUGUUGGUUCUGGUUAUCCUCUGCAUUGUGACAGUUUGUGUGACUAUCGUUUGUACGUAUUUCCUGCUAAACGCAGAGGAUUACAGGUGGCAAUGGACAAGCUUUCUUUCUGCGGCAUCAACUGCGAUUUAUGUUUACAUGUACUCCUUUUACUACUACUUUUUCAAGACAAAGAUGUAUGGCUUGUUUCAAACAUCAUUUUACUUUGGUUAUAUGGCAGUAUUUAGCACAGCCUUGGGAAUAAUGUGUGGAGCUAUUGGUUACAUGGGAACAAGUGCCUUUGUUCGUAAAAUCUACACUAAUGUGAAAAUUGACUAAGGAAAUAAGAAAUUGAACUAUGGAUCAGUUCCUGUUUUCAUGGGGAUGAACUUGCACAACAAAAAGCGCGAGAAGAGAUUUGGGUUUUAACACUGGGCACUAUAUGGGUCUCCAUUUUGUGGAUGGCUUAAAGUAACAUCUAUUUCAUUGAUCCUAGGUUCUUACUGACUGCUUUCUCCAACUGUUCACAGCAAAUGCUUGGAUUAUAUGCAGUAGGCAUUACUACAGUACGUGGCUAAUCUUCCCCAAAACAAAAA